UUUGCCAGUUUUCCGACGAAUUUCUUGUGAAGCAGGGAAGGUGGCUUUGCUGUUGCCAAUUUGAUUCCGUAGUUGCGAAUAUCUUAAAAUUAAUUUAGUGCGAAAUAUCGAAGAAAUGGCUGCAAGAUUUAUUCAAAAGAUUUUAACAAGUUUUGGAGUUAAUAUCGCACGUUUUGGACAGGAGCGCCUGACCAAUGCAGUUGCCAACGUUAAGGUUAGCACUGCACCUACGUCCGCACGUGGCUAUGCUUCUGGCACCAGAAAAGUUACUCUAAUCCCUGGUGAUGGUAUUGGUCCAGAAAUCUCUGCUGCUGUGCAAAAGAUUUUCACAGCUGCCAACGUGCCAAUUGAAUGGGAAUCCGUCGAUGUCACGCCCGUUAUGGGUCCUGAUGGCAGGUUCGGUAUCCCACAGGCAGCCAUCGAUUCGGUCAACACAAACAAAAUUGGCUUGAAAGGUCCUCUAAUGACACCGGUGGGCAAGGGACAUCGCUCAUUAAAUCUAGCUUUGCGUAAGGAGUUCAACUUGUACGCUAACGUAAGACCGUGCCGUAGUCUUGAGGGCUACAAGACGCUCUACGACGAUGUCGAUGUGGUAACAAUCCGCGAGAACACCGAAGGUGAAUACUCUGGCAUUGAGCACGAAAUCGUCGAUGGGGUGGUGCAGAGUAUCAAGUUGAUCACCGAAGAGGCGUCGAAACGUGUCGCUGAAUACGCCUUCCAAUAUGCCAAGGCCAACAACAGGAAGAAAGUGACCGUUGUGCACAAAGCUAAUAUCAUGCGCAUGUCCGACGGUUUGUUUUUGCGUUGCGCACGCGACAUGGCCGAGAAGUAUCCGGAAAUUCAGUUCGAAGAACGUUACUUGGACACUGUGUGUUUGAAUAUGGUGCAAGAUCCUAAGAAAUAUGAUGUGCUGGUCAUGCCCAACUUGUAUGGUGAUAUUUUAUCUGAUAUGUGCGCCGGUCUCGUCGGUGGUUUGGGCCUUACACCAUCCGGCAACAUGGGCCUCAAUGGCGCCUUAUUCGAAUCUGUUCACGGUACUGCCCCCGAUAUCGCUGGCAAGGAUUUGGCCAACCCCACUGCUUUGCUGUUGUCGGCUGUCAUGAUGUUGCGGCACAUGGAGUUGAAUGAGCACGCCGAUAAGAUUCAGAAUGCCUGUUUCGAGGUGAUCAAGGAGAGCAAGUAUUUGACAGGCGAUCUGGGCGGUAAGGCUAAGUGCUCCGAGUUCACAAAUGAGAUUUGUGCUAAACUGUGAAGUGGUUGAGUAAACCAUCUGAGGUGAACAUGUACGCAGUUUCGUGUAUAUUCGCCCGUUUCUGAUUUGACCAAAACAAUAAAUUUUACGCACUGCUGCUUUACACCCUACAAAAAAUUAAGAGAAAAGAAAUACCUUAAAAUAUAAAAUUUAAGUAUACAUAUAUAUGUAAAACCAAAACUGCUUGAGAUGAAUAGUAUUGUACGUUCGAAUAGAAAAAUAUACACGCGUAUGCUGUAUGGUGCAUGAAUAUCGAUGCGUACUGAAGUUGCUACCCCGGUAUAAAA